AUGACACGCAUGUUGUAUAGUCUUUAUGUUCUAGUAUUAUUUGUUACCUUAUGUACUCAAUAUUUACCAGUAUCCAUUGCUACCUCUAAAUAUCAACAUAAAAAUUCAAUCUCAAGGUCGAAAAAAUUAGUGUUAAAUGGUCUUAAGAAAUGUGAGUCUUUUUGGUGGAAUAGUCUAAAAGGUUAUCAAAAAUGGUCCGAAAAUGAGGAAUGGUGUACAAGUGAUUCAGAAUAUCAUUCUUCGCGGGAAUCCAAAAUUUGGUCAAAUUGGGUAAAUUUUGCACAAUGCCGAUGUGAAUCAUUCAAUUGGGAUAUAAAGAAUCCCGCUGGAAUUUACGUCUGUUACCAAAUUUCAUGGUUUAAUAAAAUCACUGGAAAGUUUGUUGGAGAACUUACAGUUUUCAAAUUAGACUCUAUGAACAAAUAUAAAAAAAAGCCUUCACACGUAGCAUUUAAAUUUUCUGAACACAACAUUAAAAUUCUCAAAAGGUCCCGUCUAAAGCUUGAUUCUUCUGGAUUCUACCAUGUUGCUACUUUACCUAUAUUUUCUCGGAAACAAAACGGAUUGAUAAUUCAAAAAUUUUAUGUUCAUGGCGAAAUUCCAACGAAUGAAUUAAUGAAUAAAAAGAUGUCGGAGAAGAUGCUUAGCCCUUCAGAAUUUAAGGUUAUUGUUGAUUUAAAACUAGAGUUCGAACUUAAGAACAAUUACGAUGCUGCAAAUAUGCCAUUUCCAAAAUAUCUGCCUCAUAAACCAUUUUCCCCUGUUUUGGGCGGCUGCUCAUCAUACCCUGUUAAGGACUGCAAAAUGCAUAAGACUCGCACUACAACUUUGCCGAACGACCCCACUAAACCUACCGAUAUCCCCAGUAAAAAUACUCCUGUUCCCAAAUCACCUCCUGAUCCUAAAGAUGCUGCAGCCACAACUACGUCACCGAAACAGCCAUCACCUACGAAUAUUACAAAUAUAAACGCACCCGAUUCUUUACCCAACUCUUCAUCUAUACCAGUAAAUUCUGCAGACCAAAGUGCCUCAUCAACUCCAUUGCCAGGGUCAAGUUUAGGUGUACUUCCAAUAGGUUUGUCGAUAUUCGGAGUGAUAAUCUUAAUUGGCGCCGCGUUUGUUGUGUAUUCGAGAUAUCGAAAUAGUAAAUGGAAAAGACAGUAUCGCCGGAGACAAGCCCUGCGAAACGAAACACUGGCUUCUGCCCCUGGGUUUAAUGUUGGUGGUGAUGGUAGUAAUGCUUAA